UGUACCAUACCAUAGAGACGGGACAUUGAUUCGGUCGUUGUUUGAUUUCAUUUUAUAAAGCUGUAAUAUUUUUCUUUUAAUACAAUGGCUUUUACUGCUGGAAUUAUAAUAAUUAACGCUGUCCUAUUCGGGACAGUUUACUCAAACAAAUGUAGUUCAUUUGAAGCAAGCAAGGACAAUCUUAAUAAAGCCUUGAUCGGUCAUUCCGUGUUAGAAGUUAAUGAUAAAAACCAUCACGAUUGUGCGCGAACCUGUAUGUCAAUGUCCGUCUGUAAAUCGUUCGACUUUGACAGAAACGAGCACGUGUGUAAAUUAAACGAUGUUGACAAGUCGUCCGUUGAUCCAUCGGAGUUUGAAACAAAAAGAGGCGCUAUUUUCUCUGAUAUCAGCGAAUGGCCUAGCGCAAUGGUUGGAAGUUGUAGCUCAAGGCCGUGUAAAGCGAACCAAAGAUGUUUCCAAAAUGGUGCUUCACAUGUGUGCAAACACAUAAUCUGUGCUUUUGAUCAGAAAAUUGAAAAUGGUAAAGUACAGAUUAGUGCACCUGGCGAAAACAAGUUCCUUGACGUAGCUCUAGUAAAAUGUGACACUGGUUAUGUUCCUAGUCAACAAGAGGUGAAAUGUCAGGCUUCGGGAAAAUGGCAGCCUGCAACGUGUACGAAAGGAAAAUUACCAAGUGAUUGUAAAGAAGUCCUUGAUAAGUUUCCUGAGGCGAAAAGUGGACAAUAUGAGAUAGAACUUUGGACAUCUGGUAAAAUUCUGACUGUGAAUUGUGACAUGGAAACAUAUGGCGGUGGUUGGACGAUAUUUCAUAGACGAAUGGACGGGUCAGUGGACUUUUAUCGCAACAUUACAGAAUAUGAGAAUGGCUUUGGGAACGUUGAUGGAGAGUUGUGGCUAGGUUUACAGUAUAUACAAGAACUAGCUGAGCAAGGUUCUACAGAGAUUCGUCUUGACAUGGCAAGAAAUGAUAGUACAACAGGACAUGAAACUUGUCAAGACUUUCAGUUAACAGAAGGAACAAAUUAUAAACUAAACAUUGAAUCAUGCACAAGUGUUGGCGUGACAGGAACAGGACUUGCUUAUAAUCAUCAAAUUCGAUUUUCCACUUAUGACCGUCAAUACGAUAUGUCAUCAGAUGGGAACUGCGCUGUAAAGGUACAUGGAGCCUGGUGGUAUAAUGAUUGUACCGCUGUCAAUCUAAAUGGAUUAUAUGUGGAACCAGGCACGUUAUGUGAAUUUCCCGGUGCCUUGGAUCGUUCUUGUGGACACUACCAUUAUGGGUUUGAUGAAAAUUAUGCAUUGAGAUCGUCAUCAAUGAUGAUACGAAGGAAAUAAAACAAGUAAUCGAAAUAACAGCUCUCUAAUUCUUAGAGUUCGGAAUGAUGUACUCAAAAGAUUUUUUUUUAUAUUUUUUUUUUUGCAUUAGAAAUUGUGUGAAUUUUAGAAUCUUAUCUAUGACUGUAGUCUGCUGUCAUACAUUGACAUUGUCAGUUAUCGGAUUGGUGACAUUAUCACAUAACAGCAUAUUAUCACGUAAUCAACAUUAAAUUACGUCACCGUAUAUAACUUUGUGAAAUCAUAAAAAAUACGCGACAUCAUAUAAUCUGUUGAAAUACUAUUAUCACAAGACAAUAUUUAACCAUUUGUCAGCAGGUAAUUACGUGACAACACAAAAUGAAAAAAGAACUUUUAUUUUUUAAAUCCUUUUUUUUUGUUUAAAUGUAUAUAUGUCUUGUUCUGUUAGAAUUUGUUUAAAUCAAAAUUAUAUCUGAUGAAAAUCUGAGGGCAUUGUCAUAUUUUAUGUUCAACACCAUUUUUUGUGUUUUCUACAGUAAAUGUGUUUCCUUUUUAACAAAAAAAAAUAAGCUAUUGUACGAGUAAAGAAGUUUUUGAAAAAAAGGGAAAAAUAAAAAAAAAAUAAAAAAAUAAAUAAGCAACCAAUAUAUAGAUAUAUUUAGAUGUAUAAAUCAAACGUUGAACUUAAUAAAUUCUUAUAGGGUUAGUGUUUUCAUCCUUAUAAACCGAUAAUGUUAAUUAUUACAAGCGCAAAAUAUACAUAAAGCGCCAAGUAUCUAAACAGCAUGUGUCGCGAUUAUAUUCUGAAUAAAGUUCAAACAACGUAAUAUAUAAUUCCCUUCUAUAGUGGAAAAAAAUUAACUGAUCAACUGGGCAAAACCCUAUCAUACAUGUAGUUUCAUAGCCUACGGACCAUAAUAAAAUAUAGUGUCGGAGGUUAAAAAAGAUGUUAGAUAGCCUCAGGGAUAUACACUUGGAUCUGAUAUUAUCCCUAAAAGUCCCCCCCCUCCCCCAGUACCUGUUACAUCCCCCAAAAUAUAAUUAAAAGUCAAUUUCUACAUUUAGUAUUCAUUACAACAAUAAUUUUAGAUAAUUUUCAUUAUACCUCUAUAGUAUUAGUUAUACAAGGGUAGCGGUAGGGGAUAAUAUCCAGAUAUUUUUCGAGGAUUUUGAGAACAUGACCCAUAAACUUAAGAGAUGUUUUGUUAAAAAAAAUGGGGAAGAGUGCAUGAUUUUUGCAGUGAUUAAAGGAAUGCAAACACUCACUGUCUAGGAUGGUAUCUUUAAACAUUUAAUCACUGUAACAUUGAAGAACCCAUUAUUUUUUUGAAGAUUUGAGAAUUACGUAUUAAAUAGUUAUAUAUUGAAACUUUCGAUGGGAAUUCUUUCUUGUAGAUAAGGAAAAUAAUAUACUUUAAUCAAUUGGGAAUAUGACCGAAUAUCGGCUAUAAAAUAUACCAAAAGGAAAUCCCUGAAUAUCAGAUCAUACGUCUUAUCCCUGUGAGGGAGACCUGAAAUGCAGAAAAAGUUAUUUUAUCUAUAUUUUAACUGGCAUUAGAUAUUUGACAAAAGUUGUCCAAUCACUGAUACAAGCAGUUUUGAUAUCAUGCAUUAUUAUUCACCAGUCCAUUACACGUAUCUUGUUUAAUGUUUUCACAUUUUUUUUUUGUAUUUUGAAUGGUUAUAUUGAUUAUAUUUUAUAUAUAUUUUCAGCGUUUAUGAUAUGUAUACCAGUUGUAUAUUGUAUGGUUCUACGUUAAUCGCCUAGACCAAUAUAUACUUUCAUAGGGACAGGUUGUUUUGUAAAAAUUGCAAAACAAUUGUGUUAUUUUCUACAUCAAAUGUGCUAACAAAUAUAUAAUUUCAUUGUUCAUUAUGUAUAAUUACUGUGUAAAAAAUGUAAAACAAAUGUACACAAUGUACCUAGACAAAUACAUACUUUUAUCGUGAAUAAUUGUUCUGUGAAAAAUGUGAAACAUAUCAAUAUAUGCUUCUGCAUUAUAUGUAUAGAAAAAUAUAUACUUUCAUAGUAUGUGAGACUUGUAAAUACAGUUGUAUUUUGUAUGGUUCUGACAAAUAUAUUCUUUCGUCGUUCAUGUUGUACAAUUACUGUGUGAAAACUGUAAAUCAAUUGUAUAUUAUAUGCUUCUUCAUUAAACAUACAGAAAAAUA